GUUCUCGUGUGGUUCACUCCUCUUCCAGCGCCACCGUCGAUCAGUCGUCAGGGACGACCUUCCACGUCACCAAAAGCGGAGCAGAGCAUAUCACUGAGGACGACGACACCAUGAAGGAGGGACGCAGCUUCCUAGACGACCGUACUAAAGUGACGGGCAUCACCGACGUCCUCUCACGCAUGGGCGCCACCGAGGCUGUUGACCACGAGGCCAAGGUGACGUCAGACGAUCAGGCUCGCUCGCUCCUCAACCGGUUCCUGGGAGCUCAGGUGCUUAUGUCAGGCGUCGAGUCCAUGAUGGCUUCCUCCUCCCUCUCUGAGUCCUCCAGGGCUGUGACAGACGGGGAGAGUCGAACCACCGUGACGCAGGAAGCCAGUGGCCACACGUCCAGUACCGCCACUAAGGAUGGCGCCGUCACUGACCACCACAGUGCCUCCUACAGUACCGGCCCUCACACCUCCACCACCACCCUCAAGCUUCAGGGAGAGCCAGUGGUGGUUCGCGGGGUCAACUUAUCAGAGGUCACUGACGACACCCGUCUUAACCAACUGCUUGACUCGUGUGAUGAGUAUGAGGACCGCAGACGAAUUAGAAUGCGCCUUAAGACUCUCAUGGCCGAGAAAAAAAGCUCUGCGGGAGGAGCUGAGCGGCCAUGACCUGGGUCAGGGGUCACGCACCCAGGCGCACUCUAAGUUUGAGGCAGUGUCCAAGUCCACCACUAGUAGCUCAAAAGAGUCCAAUUUGCGUAGCAGCGAGGAUGUGGCGCUUGUUAACGACUGGCUGACGCAGAACUUCCCUGAGCACCGAAGUCCUGGUGUAGCUCCCUCCCGCCCAG